GCGGAUCGUCAUUCCUGCUCCUGACCAUCAGCCCGAACUUACUUUCCUUCAACUAUGCGGUGAUUCUGUUCCCUCAUAUCCACAAAACCCCACGUUCUUUAGUUAUCUUUUAAAUACUUUCCUAUUUCUGCCUACUUCUUUAUCUACCAUCUUUCUUUUCCCCUUUACUAGAUAGUGAGUUGUCACUAACAAUGGCUACUUCUCUCCUUCCGUACCGCGAUAUUAACUUGCACGCCUCCUCCUCUCACUACGCUUUUACAUCACCAUCUUCCCCGAAUGCUCCCACACUUGUCGUUGAUCGCCCCACGGGUGAUUUACGACUCCACAAUGGCACUCUUCCAGGUGCUAAGCGCAUAUCCAGUAUCGCUGGUAUACUUGGAAUCAUAAAGCUCAAGUUGGACAAAUAUAUCAUAGUGAUCACUAAAGCCCUGCCUAUGGGACGACUGCGAGGUCAUAUGGUUUACAAAGUUGCAGCGACUGAGUUCUUACCCCUCCGCGAGCGCCCAUUACAUGACAAUGAUGAGGACACGUAUUUGGCGCUGCUCAAAGAGCUUCUUCGCACAGGGCCGAUGUAUUUCUCUUAUGCCUUGGACCUCACCAACAGCUUCCAGCGUCAGUCGCAAAGCGAUGCCAGCCUCCCGAUGUGGAAACGAGCCGAUGAUCGGUUCUUUUGGAAUCGUUUCAUCCAAUCCGAUCUGAUAGACUUUAGCCUCGGAGGACACGAUACGACGAGCGUGCGCUACGGACCACAGCCCGAUGUUGACCCAUAUAUCCUUCCUGUAAUGUAUGGAAUGUUACGUAUCACCCCGGCAAAGGUUAAGUCGACCACGUUCACGUUUGCUCUUAUUACUAGAAGAUCUAGACACCGCGCUGGAACGAGGUACUUCUCGCGUGGUAUAGACGAGCAAGGCCAUGUUUCAAAUUACAACGAGACUGAGCAAAUUGUGAUAUUGAAUGAUGCGACUGGAGGAUUAUCUGGAUUUGCUGGAGGUCAGUCCAUGAAAGAAAAGCCCAGCGUUUCGGGUCAGGAACUCCAGGUCAUGGCUUUUGUGCAGACCCGAGGGAGUGUCCCCGUGUAUUGGGCCGAGGUCAACAACCUCAAGUAUACCCCCAAACUCCAGGUUCGAGGAGUGGAAACAGCCGUCGAUGCUGCCCGCAAACAUUUCGCUGAGCAGAUCCGGCUGUACGGAGAAAACUACUUGGUCAAUCUUGUGAAUCAGAAAGGGAGGGAGGAGCGAGUUAAAAACGCCUAUGAGCAACUCAUCCGCAUCUUGGUCGCUCCUUCAACUGAAAAUACCGAGGCUGACGUGGUGUCUUCCGAGAAAGUACAUGUCCUAGAGCCAGGUCAAAGGCAGAAGGAAUUGGACCGCCUGCACUACAUAUACUUCGACUUCCACAACGAGACAAAAGGGCUGCAAUGGCACCGUGCAGAAUUGCUGAUGGACCGAUUGCUUGACGGGCUAACGCGUGGCGGUUAUUUCCGUGGUGUGGAGGAUCCUGGUGUUCCCGGUGGGCAAUUGGAUAUACGAUCUUCACAGUCCAGCAUUGUUCGAACAAAUUGCAUGGAUUGCUUGGAUCGGACGAAUGUAGUGCAGAGUAUGCUUGGCCGCUGGGCUGUAACACGCCAACUUACCGACGCAGGGAUCCUCCGUCCGGGUGAGGCUGCAAACGAUGACCGGGACUUUGAGGACCUGUUCCGUAACAUCUGGGCCGAUAAUGCAGACGUCGUCUCUAAGUCAUAUUCUGGUACGGGAGCAUUGAAGACUGACUUCACUCGUACUGGCCAGCGUACUCGCGCUGGCAUGCUGCAGGACUUGAAUAAUUCCGUCACACGAUAUGUGAAAAACAAUCUUUUGGACGGCCCCAGGCAAGAUGGGUUCGAUGUUUUCUUAGGCACUUACCUUCCCCCAAAUUCCACCCUUGGCAACAUUCAACUCUUCCUGGACCGCCGACCCCUCAUCAUUCAGUCAAUCCCCUAUAUUCUUGCUGCAGGUGUCUUUAUGAUUCUGGUUUCCACAUUUACAAGGCGUUUGCCUGACGCUGCGGUAUGGCCUUUGCGCCUGUUCAUCAUAUUUUGGCUGGUGGUUUCUGCCUGGUGCGCGCGCUUCGUACUUGCGCACGGGAUGCUCUACGUGAACUGGCCUAAAUUGAAUACACCAACUGCCGGGUCUGAAGGAUAUCAAGAUGCACUUAUCAAGGCCCGAUCGGAUCCGAUUGUUGGGCAAUUCCUCCCUUCCAGAAAGCACCAGAGGGGCUAUAGCAAUGCUCGCCUUGGUUUCCUGGAAGAAGGGAAAACUAGGAUUGAGUAGUUCGCUUUCCAGGCUGCUGCUUAUCAAGUUCGUUUACAUACUAAAUGGUACGUGUCCGGUACACACAAAUUCAUCUUCUACCCUCUUCAAUGCUCUAGGUUGUGGAAAAGUGCCACCUUUGUGUCGCGCUGUUUUCU